GAAAUCGGAAUCAUGUCGGGAUAACAAAUCUCCGAACACCACAAAAGAAAAGAAAAAAACGGUUCCUCUUUACUACAAAAAUCAAAAUCCGAACAAGGAAAACAUAUUUAACAGAAACUUCAACAUCUGUUACUUCUUUGUUUCCUUUCCUUCUUCACUUUCUCUAUCCUGAAUCUGAAUUCGUCGUCAACUCUCUUGCCUCCGAUCUCUCUCUCUCUCUCUGUCUCGCCGUGGAUCGAGAUGGAGAGCUUACCGACGACUGUAUCGUCGAAAUCAGACAGGAGAGGAAGGUCUUCCAAGUCUCAGAACACAUCCAAGCCUUCUCUCAUCAUGGCCUUCUUCUCUUGUCUUGCUUGGCUCUACGUCGCUGGCCGGUUGUGGCAAGAUGCGCAGCACAGAGUCGCACUCAACACUGUGCUUAAGAAAAAUUUAGAACUGAGGCCUAAGGCUCUUACGGUGGAUGACAAGCUGAUGGUUCUUGGAUGCAAAGAUCUUGAGAGGAGAAUUGUGGAAACUGAAAUGGAGUUGGCACAGGCGAAGAGUCAAGGCUAUCUUAAAAACCAGAAGAGUCUUUCUUCUUCUUCUUCAGGGAAUAAGAAGAUGCUUGCUGUGAUUGGAGUUUACACAGGCUUUGGGAGUCACUUGAAGCGCAAUAAGUUUAGAGGCUCUUGGAUGCCACGAGAUGACGCUUUGAAAAAGCUUGAGGAAAGAGGAGUUAUCAUACGCUUUGUGAUUGGUCGGAGUGCUAACCGAGGUGAUAGCUUAGAUCGGAAAAUUGACCAAGAAAAUCUUGCAACUAAAGACUUUUUGAUUCUUGAGAAUCACGAGGAAGCACAAGAAGAGUUACCAAAGAAAGUGAAGUUUUUCUACAGCGCUGCUGUUCAGAACUGGGAUGCAGAGUUUUAUGUCAAAGUUGAUGACAACGUUGACCUUGAUCUUGAGGGGUUGAUUGGGCUACUUGAAAGCCGCCGUGGUCAAGAUGGUGCGUACAUUGGGUGCAUGAAGUCUGGAGACGUGGUUACUCAAGAGGGAAGUCAAUGGUACGAGCCUGAGUGGUGGAAAUUUGGAGACGACAAAUCGUACUUCCGUCAUGCAACUGGUUCGCUUGUAAUACUCUCCAAGAAUCUGGCUCAGUAUAUCAAUAUAAACAGUGGAUUGUUGAAGACAUAUGCGUUUGAUGAUACCACCAUUGGAUCUUGGAUGAUUGGUGUCCAGGCAACAUAUAUAGAUGACAACCGCCUUUGUUGCAGCAGCACAAGACAAGAAAAAGUGUGUUCCAUGGCAUGAUCACUGCGUAGCUGGUCCCUUGUCCCACCAACCAAAUACAGCGGGUUUUUCAUCACAUCCACACUUUGAGGAAGUUCUUGGAGCUGACUCCAAAUUUAUAGUUCUUUUUGGUACAAUGAAAGUAUGAUUAGGCCAUUCAUUUACAGUUUGUGAUUAGUGCAUACCCCUUGAGCUUUGGAGUAAGAUAAUGGGGGAAAUGGUAUAGCUGUGAAUUAAGUAUUACUUUUCUUGUUCGUCCGUCUAUUACAUAACUUUUUUACCCCGAAUCUCAGCAAAACUAUAUUGAUAGUUGGCCCCAAAAAAAGGCUUAAUAUGGAAGGAUAUGAGAAGUCUAGUGUAACAGAACAUAUCAAUCCUUUACCUAUCAUACGGUUAAGACCAUACUUAGAAUGCAAGUGAGGGCGACGAUCACUUGUCCAGGUGAAGUUGGCGUCAUAAUGAUGUCAUGUGGUGGCUUCAUGGUCCAUAUGAAAUCCAGCACGACUGACGAGAGUGUCCUUAAUAAUGUAAUCCUCUCCUUUCAAUUGCCAAUUGCCAAUUGCCAAUUGCCCAAAUGUUUCAUAAACACAUGGGACCUUGCCAUUUCAUUUUAUAUACCAAAAUCGUGUGUUUCGUUUCAUGUUUGUUUAGUUGACCACAUGAGACUGAUGAAUAUGUUAAUUUAUUUUGAAAACAUUAGGAAAUGAGAAAAUAGAUUAAGAUGCUCAACUUAUCAUGUUCAGAAUAAAGAGGUUUUCAUGUUCAACUAGGUUCGAGUGAAUAAUACUAAUAAGAGUUUUGAUAUAGCCGACCCAAAAAGGGUUUUUAAUAGUAUAGAUUUUAACAAGUUACUAAAGUUUUACCGAAUUAACGUGUGGAACUAACUAACAUGGUCACUUUGCUUUCGUCAAGAACGUUGAGAUAUUUAACAAGAUAUUUUAAGUACAUUUUUUUUUCUUUUUGAGCCCAGUAAAUUAAUUUUCUUCUCAUUUUCGGAUUUAACUUACCUAAGUAUUAUUUGGACUCAAAUCAAUAAUUCAAUGGUGGAUAAAUAAUUGACCAUAUUAACAACAUUGAGGUCAAAGAAUUAGCUUCAGUCCUUCUAACAAAACAAAAAGGAAUAACGUUAACCCUUGUAAGUGCAAAUUUCAGUACACAAAGUUGUCAUGCAACCUCGUUGUUGUCGAAAACCGGUGACAUAUGUCUCCUAAAUGCCGGCAACUUCAUCCUUCCUAACGUAGACUUCGUUUUCAAGUACGUGUGGGAUACGAGCUUCGACCUCAAAGUCAUCGAUUGGUGUAAUCGUCUUCAAUUAAAUACUAUACCGGAAGUUUUUCGGUUUAAUUCAGUUUUGGUUCAUGUUAGUUUCAUAGUUUCUUGAGCUUGCAUAUGAAACUGAUACAUAUCUAUGUCCGAAUCAUCUAGCUUGAAAUUAAUAAAGAUUAAAGAGUCGUUUUUCUGUUUUAGUUUUAUUUGUUAUUUAUUAAUUCACGUAGACUUCGGUACUUUACGGUUCUUACUGAUCGUUUCGUCCACUCAAUGAACAGUAUACCGGGCUUUGACAUUAUGCAAGGUUAUCACAAGAUGAUAGGUAAGAAGUGAAUGACACUCAAUUUAUCAAAGACAUUUGACUGAGGUACUUAUGAUAGCAAACCUUGCUGAAGCCGUACGUAGACUUACAAAAUUGUCAACAUAUAUAAAAAUAGAACUAGCACGACUGAACAUUUUAGAAUUGGUGGAAAACGUUUCUAUCACCUGACUAUUCUUGUUGUUUCAUUGGGUACUUUAAAGGGACCACUAGCUUUGUUGAAGAGGUUCCUUAACGCCUAGCGUGUCAACAAUUGUUAGAAACGGUUUCCACACAAACCAAGCCUGCAGUUAAAUCUGUGUGUUUGUUUAUGAUUAUAUAUUUAUAGCCUAAUUAAUUAUGUUAAAUUUAAUCAAUAGUCAUUGUAAUAAUAAAUGUAUUUAAAUUUUCUUGGAGGUUAAAACUGGUAUGUAUAUUUGUAAAAAAUUUACAUUCAAAAUUCUAAAAAUGAUAUUUUUUGUAAUAAAAGGUGUCCGAAUAACAUUUUUAUAAAAUGGAGGGAGUAGCAUAUUUAAACUAUGAAAUGAGUGAGUUGUUUUCUUCUUCUUCUUAAUUUAUCUUAUUUGCAUGCACAGUGUUUUAAACUCUAUUUUUCAAAUAAAUUAAUUAGCUUUGACUUUACAGACAAAUAAUUAGCUUUGACAUCUAACAGGCAAAUGAACAAAAAAGUUAAUAGCAGCUGACUAGCUGUAAGAACAAUUUUAUAGCAGUUGAAUAACCGUUACCCAUUUCUUUCUUUGGUCAACAUAACCUAUAACUCUACCAAAACUUUUUAUUGUAUAAAAAAACCCCAAUAUCUCCCUAUAAAUAACACUAACAUCACAAUUGAGCUGCCACAUUCUCACAUUCUUUAAUUAAGUUUCAUAUACUCUGAUAAAUAUCCAAAGAUCAAACCAUGGCAACAAACGCGUGCAAAUUCCUUUGCCUCAUUCUCCUUUUUGCCUUCGUCUCCCAAGGAUUUGGGUGUUCUAGAUCCUUUAGUGAUAUAUCACUAAAACAAUCAAAAACCGGAAAAAUGGUCAAGAACACACCAGAGUGGGAAGUGACAUUGACGAACCCUUGUUCCUGCACAGGCACUGACAUAACGUUGACAUGUGACGGUUUCAAAUCGCUCACACCCAUCGACCCUUCGCAGAUAUUGGUAGCCGGUGACGAGUGUUCGCUCAUCAACAAUUUAUAUGGCGAAACUGACUUUGUUUUCAAAUACGUAUGGGCCGAGGAGUUCGAUAUCAAGAUCAAGUCGGGCGAAAUAGCUUGCUCUUAAAUUUUCUGCCCUUGGUUUAAUUUGGUCUUUGUCCAUGUUUGUUUAGUUACUUGAGCUGAUGAGCAUGUGAAGCUGAUGACCAUUAUUACAUAUAUAUUGUCUGUAUCAUUAAUAAGAUUUAGGCUAAUAAAGAUACUCGUUUUAUUUA